AUUAAAGGGCAAGAUGGUGGUUGGAGAGGAGUGGGGUGGAUGGGUAGAGGGGUGGGCGGCGGCGGCGGUGGUGGAGGGGUGCGUAAUGGCGUGGUAUUAAAUUCUAAUUAGAGAUGCAGGGGAUCAAUGAUAGGGAGGUUGGACAGCCCGGGCCCCCAGUGCCAGCCCAAUAGACUGAUGAGUUAUUGUCAUGUAAAAAAGCGCUAGCAAUAAGACCAAACGCUUUGCUAUUGUCCAAGCGGAAAGAGCCAAGUUUAUUAUGAGGACUAUAUGCUCUAGAGACCUCGGGCUAGGCGGCUCUUAGGGGGCUUUUCAUAAAACAGGGCUAGGUUCCUAUAAAGGAGGCCAGUUUUGGAGCAGGCGCUGAGCAGUGAACAUCUACCCACCGUCCAGCCUUCUUCCAACCAGUUCAAACCAAACAAGUCAUCUUUCCCCCCAAACUCAGACCGCGCGUCCUCCUCAUUUUUAUUUUUUAUUAUUUUUUUCUUUCUAACCCAUUUUUUGGGUGCUUUUGUUUUUUUUUGUUUUUGUUUUUUUUUGUGCAGGGAAGUGCAGCUUUCUUACUCUACCGAGCCUUCUCAAAUGUAUAAAAUGGAGUAUUCUUACCUAAAUUCCUCUGCCUACGAGUCAUGUAUGGCCGGGAUGGACACGUCGAGCUUGGCAUCGGCCUAUGCGGACUUCAGUUCGUGCAGUCAAGCCAGUGGGUUUCAGUACAAUCCCAUCAGGACCACUUUCGGGGCCACCUCCGGCUGUCCGUCCCUCACGCCGGGGUCCUGCAGCCUGGGGACCCUGCGGGACCACCAGAGCAGCCCGUACGCCGCAGUUCCAUACAAACUCUUCACGGACCACGGCGGACUGAACGAGAAGAGGAAGCAGAGGCGCAUCCGGACCACUUUCACCAGCGCCCAGCUCAAGGAGCUGGAGCGGGUCUUCGCUGAGACACACUACCCGGACAUCUACACCAGAGAGGAGCUGGCACUUAAAAUCGAUCUGACUGAAGCCAGAGUGCAGGUGUGGUUCCAAAACCGGCGUGCCAAAUUCCGCAAGCAGGAGCGAGCAGCUGCAGCGGCCGCAGCGGCUGCCAAGUCUGGCUCCGGGAAGAAGUCCGACUCAAGAGACGAAGACAGCAAAGAGACCAAAACCACCGACCCCGACAGCACAGGAGGACCGGGCCCGAACCCGGUGCCCACCUCCAACUGCGGCGGACCGAGCCCCACCGGAGGCCAGGUCAACACCACCGGGAACGGACAGGUGGACCAAGUCAAGACCUCCGUGUCCACCGGCAUGGGAGUGACAGCACCCAGCCAAGGCUGGGCCACCGCACCGGGGGCCAUCACCUCCAUCCCGGACUCAUUGGGCGGGCCCUUCGCCAGCGUACUGUCGUCUUUGCAAAGACAGAACGGAGCCAAAGCUACAUUAGUAAAGACCAGCAUGUUCUAAUGAAGCUUCACAGCAGGAGAAGAGAAACAGAGCAGAGGAAAAAGAGACCCUCCCUCUCCGGAGACUGAAAAGCAAUCGCUCGAGACAGACUUAAGGACAAUAAAACGCAGUUACAAGAAAAAGAAAAAAAAACAAAAACAAAAACGAAAAAAAAAAAUGUUAUUUCAUUUCUACGCCUUGCGCCAUUUCUUGUGGUCAGUGGACAGUUUUUGCUGUAAAAAUAGCCAUCUUGACAAGUCAUACUGUCUUAUAAUAACAACGACUUUCUUUUCUUUAAGCAAGUGUACGCUGGGUGAAAUGUUACCACUGGCUUCAGGUCAUGUCUGAGGACCGAACACCUUGAAGAAAUAACAUAGAAAAGGGAAGCUGUUUUCUGUACAAACAAAGGUCAAAAUAACGAUUAACGCUGCGCAGAUUAGAAACAGGACACCUCAUCCCGCAUUUAAGACUGAAAUCUGGAUCGAGUGACUUGUUGAGAUGAUUAUUUUGUCUUGUCCAGAUACUGAGCGAACGUCGGCGCACACCGGAGACGCGCGGUGCCAUCAGCGGAGCCUCGUUUCAGUCGCGUUAAAUGUCAGAGUUCAAACAGCUGCUUUGUUUUGGCGCACAGAGACGUUAAAUGUGUCCACGGCUGAGGAUGAUCUCCCCCACAAACAACGAAUAUCCAACGAGACGCCGACGCAAUUUUUUGGUUUUCUUGCCCGUUCUCUAAGACACAACCUGCUGCGUGGAAGUGGCCUCUUACCGUUUUUCCUUUUUUUUUUUUUGUUUCGUUUCCAGGGCUGCUGAGAGUUUAGUUUCUUUAAAUUAUCGAUAUAAACACAAUUAUUUCCUCGAGAGAAAAAAGGCACAAACUACUGCAAUGUUCAUCUCUGACAGGAAAUCUGUAUGUUUUGUGUGUCUUUCUACGGCAGUGUUUUUGUGGCUCAAAUUGUAUAGUGUUAAUACGUAUUAUUGUCUCCUCUAGUUGAACCAUAGGCCAUACUCCCUCGUAGAUCGAUCAUACAAGUCUUUUUGAUGUUUUACAAAAUUCCCUCGGAAGAAUUUAUUUUGGGUAA